AUGUAUAAUCAAAAUGACAGAAAUAUUUUCUACUUUUUUAAAGGAGCAGUAAAGUAUCAUCUUACACCAACACAUGUAAAAGAAGAUUUGGUUAAUUUUAGAUUAUCAGAGGAACAAGCAGAGAAUAUUGCAUCGAAAUAUAAAUUAAACUUUAUUGGACUUUCAAGAACAUUUGUUGGAAAUACUCUUACCAUCAAUCAAGUGUUGGAUAUGCAAUGGAGAUUUGGUGUAACUACUGCAUCUAGUGAAUCUAAAAAGGCUGGUAAUACAUUCCUUCAAUUAAAAUUGGUUUUAGAUCAAGGAAAUGAUAAAAAAGAAGAUGUUCAUAUGGAACUUUCAUUACCACAAUUUUACCAAUUCCUAAGACAAAUGGAACAAGCCAAAUCAAGUUUAGAAUAUUUUAAUUAA